CUCUCUCUCUCUCUCUCUCUUUCUCUCUCUAGAAUUACUUCUGCAAAUUCUCUCUCUAGAAUUACUUCAACCCCACUCCUCUCCAUUUCUCAGGUAACGAAUAAACAUCUCCACCGCCGAUUUGGAUCUCCAAAAUUAAACCCCGCCGGAACUCCAUCUGUUGAUUUCCAUGGCUGAUUGUAAGAAUCAAGUAACGGAAUAUCCGGAUAAAUCGAAAACCUCCGGCGGCAAAAUCAGUACGCCGUCGUUUUUCGGUCGAUCGGUGACUUUCAACUCCUCGUCGUCCUCCACGGCGGCGGCGGCGGCCGAAGUCAUCAACAAGCCCAUGUACAAUCUCUAUAAUACCCCUGCGUUCCACCGCGGAGGCUCAAUCAAGAGCCUAUACAGCUCCCCCUUCGGGUCAAUGGUCUCCGCCGGCAACUCGUUGAAGGGCAAGGUCAGUAAAUUGUGCUCAAUUUUCGAAUCCCCAAAAUACCCCUCAAACCCCCAAAUUUUACAACCUCCGCCCUCACUCCCUCCCCCCAAACCAACCAAACUACUGCCGCCACCGCCGUCCGAUUCUUUCAAUUCCAUCCCCAAAAGUCUCCCUUCUCCGGUGCCGGAUUAUCCCUUCCGAUUACCCGGAACAGAGGACAGAGUCGUAAUUUACUACACCAGCCUCCGAGGAAUAAGAAGAACAUUCCACGAUUGCCACAGCAUACGAAUGAUCUUCCGGGGGCUCUGCGUAAACCUAGACGAGAGAGACGUAUCGAUGGACACAGCGUACAAAAAGGAAUUGCAGAAAGUGUUGGGCGAAAACAGCGUCACUCUGCCGCAGGUGUUCGUCAAGGGCAAGUACAUCGGCGGGGCCGAUGUGGUGAAGCAAUUGCUCGAAGCCGGUGAGUUAAAAAGACUAAUAAAGGGAAUGCCUUCACGACCGACGAAGCCCUGCGAAGCUUGCGAUGAUAUGAGGUUUAUACCGUGCACGAACUGCAACGGCAGUCGAAAGGUGUUUGAUGAAGACGAAGAGCUGCCAAAGAGGUGUACCGAGUGUAACGAAAACGGGCUCGCUCGAUGCCCGCUUUGCUGCUUGUGAAACGCCCGAACAAUGUGAGUCGAUUUUAAUAUUUUUUAUUUAUUUAUAAUUAUAUGGUUAUAUUAUGAAAAAAAGGGGAUGCCGAGGAAAUCGGCUGUGUAUUAUAUUAUAUAUUGGUUGUGGUAGUGUUGUAAAUUGUAGGUGAAUAUCGGUUGUUCGCCUCGUUUGUUUGUUGUUGGCUGGUGUUGUAAAGCUCACUGGUUAUAGUUGGGUAGCCAUAGUGCGUAGGUACGCUCGACUAUGGUUAAUCGGCUGCAAGAAUUUUUUUUUUGGCAGCUUUGUUGUUCGAUUUGAUGAUAACUAUAUAUAACUAUAUUGUAUUGAUUUAAUAAUUGUUCUUGACUUAAACUGAGGAAUGAGGAUCCCUCUGUUUUUAUCUUUUAUUAAGAAUGCUCGAUAGAAUGUGAUUAGUUUUCUUGCAAA